CAGAAAAGUUCGAGAAAGCAUGGUUCUAGUAGCCUAAAUUAGAUUGGAGCGAGUGUUGAUGUGAAGAAAACUAGAUCUUCCUUUUUCCGCCCAAAUUAGAUGGAUAAAAUAAAAUGAUUUAAUUGUAAUAAUUAAAUUACAUUUAAAAUAAUUAUAUUUGUUAUAAAUUCUCUUUUAUUAAGAAAUCAUUCUGUUAAAACGUAUUGAGAUCUUCAAAUUUCAACUCUUCCAUGGAAAUCCCGAUUUCCUCUCGUCUCUCUAAAUCCUUUCCUGCAUGCUUCAAAUGCCGCAAUCUUACUCUUCUCCCCAGUUCUAUUGUCCAAUUCAAACACUCCCCAGCAAACCUGUUGUCUUCGCGCCAAUUUAAACCAACAAUCAUUAUCAGGGCUCAGUGCUCGAGUCAAAUAGUAGAUGAUGGUUUCCUCCUCGAAGACGUUCCUCAUUUAACUGAUUUCCUCUCAGAUUUACUGGCAUACCCAAAUCCCUUACAAGACAGCCAAGCAUAUGCUGUUGUUAAGCAAACUUUUGUUUGCCCAGAAGAUGUGGUUGCUCAAAAGAUUGUUGUACAGAAAGAUAGUCCUAGAGGAGUGCAUUUUCGGCGUGCUGGUCCUCGUGAAAAAGUCUAUUUCAAAUCAGAUGAAGUGCGAGCUUGUGUAGUAACAUGUGGGGGUCUCUGCCCAGGGAUUAACACAGUCAUUCGGGAGAUAGUAUGUGGCUUGAACUCCAUGUAUGGUGUUGAUGACAUACUUGGAAUUGAGGGAGGAUAUAGAGGCUUCUAUUCAAGAAAUACCAUGAAUUUGACCCCUAAAGUCGUGAAUGAUAUCCAUAAACGUGGUGGCACAUUUCUUUGUACUUCUCGAGGAGGACAUGACACCAAGAAGAUAGUUGAUAACAUUCAAGAUAGGGGAAUAAAUCAGGUCUAUAUUAUUGGAGGUGAUGGUACACAAAAAGGAGCUGCUUUGAUUUACAAGGAAGUUGAAAAACGUGGACUUCAAGUUGCAGUUGCUGGCAUCCCUAAGACAAUUGAUAAUGAUCUUGCUGUGAUAGAUAAAUCUUUUGGUUUUGAUACUGCUGUUGAAGAAGCUCAGAGAGCUAUUAAUGCUGCGCAUGUGGAAGUUGAAAGUGUUGAAAAUGGAGUUGGAAUUGUCAAACUUAUGGGCAGAUACAGUGGUUUUAUUGCGAUGUAUGCAACCUUAGCAAGCCGGGAUGUGGUAAGAGCUUAUUCUAAUAUUUUAAUGGAAAACCACCUACUUACGAUCUUAAAGAUUCGAUAUUGGUCCAUGUUAUCUCACAAGAUCAAGGAUCAUUUUUCAAAGGUUCACAAGAUGGCAAUAAAUAUCAAAUACAUAGAUCCAACAUAUAUGAUACGAGCUAUUCCAAGUAAUGCCUCAGACAACAUCUACUGCACUCUUCUUGCUCACAGUGCUGUUCAUGGGGCAAUGGCUGGGUACACAGGUUUCACAGUGGGUCUCGUCAAUAGCAAACAAGCUUACAUUCCAAUUGCUCGUGUGACUGAGACAACAAACACUGUGAAGUUGACCGAUAGGAUGUGGGCUAGGGUGCUUGCAUCUACAAAUCAGCCUACCUUUUUGAGGAAUUAA